UGUUUACGAGUACAAAGGUUAGAACCGUGAAAUGCGACCGUCUGACACAGGCUUUUCUAAUGGUGUAGAAGAAGCAGAGUAAACUCCUCGCACACACUGCUCUCAGACACACAGAGGAGAAAGGAAAGGCCUUCGAUAUGAAAGGCACACGCUUCGUGUUUUGGCUCUUCUCCGUGCUGCUACCAUCUGUCAAAAGCCAAGCUUCUGAAACAGAAGUCACAUGUAAUUUCAGCAGAAGGAAUUAUGCUUUGAUUCCAGAGGGUAUUAGUACCAAUGUUACCAUUCUUGAUCUCAGUUAUAACCGAAUUACUCUGAAUGCUGCAGAUAGCAGGGUGCUACAGAUGUACUCUUUACUCACUGAGCUCUACUUGAUGGAGAAUAACAUCACUGCCUUAUAUAACAGCAGUUUCAGGAAUCUUCUCAACCUAGAAAUUUUAAAUAUCUGUGGAAAUUCAAUCAGUGUAAUUCAACAGGGUUCAUUUGUUGGCUUAAAUGAACUAAAACAAUUAUUUCUUUGCCAAAACAAAAUAUUACAACUGAAUCCCGAUACAUUUGUGCCUCUAAAUAACCUAAAAGUUCUGAAUCUGCAAGGCAAUUUGAUACGCCUCUUCGAUGCACCACAGCUACCUCAUCUGGAGAUACUAACUCUGGAUGGAAAUCCAUGGAACUGUACCUGUGGUCUACUUGAGUUGCAGAACUGGCUGAACAUGUCUAAUGUGACAUUAGAAAACGAGAGCACCACCACGUGUAGCUACCCAGAUGAGCUAAAGCACUACAGCAUCAAGUCAGCACCCUUCACAACUGAAUGCCACUCUAAAUUUAUUUCCACUAUAACUGAAGAUUUUCAGUCCAUUAGGAAUUCAUCUUUUGAUAGCUCUUCACACAACUUAACAUGGACCUCAGAGCAUGAGCCUCUUGGGAAAAGCUGGGCUUUCCUGGUUGGUGUUGUUGCCACUGUACUGCUAACUUCACUACUCAUCUUCAUUGCUAUCAAGUGCCCAGUAUGGUACAAUAUUCUGCUGAGUUACAACCAUCAUCGCCUGGAAGAGCAUGAGGCAGAAACCUAUGAAAAUGGUCUUACAAGAAACCCAAGUUCUCUUUCACAAAUAACAGAUACAAACUCUGAAGACACCACAGUGAUAUUUGAACAGUUGCAUGCAUUUGUGGUAGAUGAUGAUGGCUUUAUUGAAGACAGAUACAUAGAUAUCAAUGAGGUACAUGAAGAAAAGUAAUUUUAUCGUGUUGAAAUUCUGAAAAAUACUUUCAGUCUAUUUAUAGCUUAGACAGAGAUUUUUAUUUGGCAAACAAAACUAUAAACAGCAAACCUUCAUAUUAAUUAGUACCUUAUGUUAAUAUCACAGUUAUUACUUUUUACUAUAUUUCACAAGGAAGUCUAAAUGCAAUCACUCAUACACUGGUUAGCUGUAAGUUUAAUGAUUUAUGUAUACUACCAGCAUUUACUAGUGUCAGCAGUGUUCAGGAAACUACAGAUUGCUAAAAACAAGGCCUAAGGACAAUUAUUUACCAACUAAAAUGAGCAGAUUCUUAUUAAAAAAUACACAUGCUGUGAUGUCUUAAGUUAUACUAAAAUUAUAAUCAAUAAAGAAAUACAAAUUUUAGGCUUAUAUUAUCAAAGUGAGGAACAGGCAGCUUUAACAAUAUAAAGUGAUCUUAUGUUCACAAAUGAAUUCACAGAAUUGAAGAAUAUGCUGCCUAAACUUAAAAACAAAAUUUCCUCAAAAAUUUGUAGCACGGUUGGUGAGAUGGUUCAGUGGGUAAGAGCACCGACUGCUCUUCCAAAGGUACUGAGUUCAAAUUCCAGCAACCACAUG